AUGACAGUUGUGACAAAUGAUAAAAACGAGCUCAUUCCUACUAGAACAAUCACUAGAUGGAGAAUUUGCAUGGAUUAUCGUAAGUUGAACAAGGCAACCAGGAAGGAUCAUUAUCCCAUUCCCUUCAUUGGUCAAAUGCUAGACAGGUGUAUGAUAGCUAUCUUUUCAGAAAUGGUAGAAGAUUUCAUAGAAGUGUUCAUGGAUGAUUUUUCUGUAUUCGAGAACUCUUUUGAGGAAAAAUGUCACUUUAUGGUCCGAGAAGGUAUCGUCCUUGGGCACAAGAUUUCAAAGAGAGGGCUGGACGUUGAUCGUGCUAAAGUGAAAGUCAUUGAGAAGCUGCAACCCCUCGUGUCAGUCAAGGAUCAUGCGGCCAUUAGCUACUUGUUCAGCAAGAAGGACACUAAACCCAGGCUGAUUCGGUGGAUUCUUCUUUUGCAAGAAUUUGAUAUUGAGAUUAAAGAUCAUAAGGGAGUUGAGAACCAAGAUGCAAACCAUUUGUCUAGAUUGGACAACCAUAAUCAUUUUGUGGAGGAUGUUCAAAUCCAAGAGUCGUUCCCUGACGAGCAACUAUUUGCUAUUCCUACAGUCAAAGUCCCAUGGUAUACUGAUAUUGUGAACUUGAUAGAGGUAGAGAUAUUUGACGUCUGGGGCAUUGAUUUUAUGGGGCCUUUCCCACAAUCCUUUGGUAACAAGUACAUUAUGUUUGUUGUCGAUUAUGUUUUGAAAUGGGUAGAGGCAAUCCCUCUUCCAACCAAUGAUGCGAAGGUGGUGGUGAAUUUUGUGCAAAAGAACAUAUUCAUAAGGUUUGGAACCCCAAGGGUGAUGAUUAGUGAUAGGGGUGCUCACUUCUACAAUAGUUUGUUGAAGAACCUUUUGGCAAAAUAUGGGGUGAAGCAUAAGGUUUCUACAGCUUACCACCCACAAACAUGCGGACAGGUAGAGGUCGUAAAUAGAGAAGUGAAGCAAAUCUUAGAUAAAAUUGCGAAUGCGUAG